AUAUAUUUCUACUUAUGCGCUCGUGCCAUAGGUCGACGGUUGGGGUGAAUUGGUCUAUUGCACUCUCUCGCUGUCUCUCCCUCUCGUUCUUGCAGUUUCGCUUGGGAGGAUAACAACGCUACCACCGCUGCUGCCCGCCACCGAUCGACCGUUCAUCAGAUCAAACGCACCCCACACACCACCCCCAGCGGUCGGCGGCGGAGGAAACUCGGCUGCGUUCGAGGAGAGUGGGAAAACCAACCUACGAACCAAACCAAAAGCUAUCGUCCUUGGAAGGUUUUAGAAGGAAAAAAGACGACCGCGACACACCGACACCUUACUCGGCAAGGGAGAGGGAAUGUCUUUCUUUCGCUCGUUCGUUCGCGCGCCCGCUCGCUCGCUUGCCGAAAUAUUUCUGCAGUGAUUUUUGCAAAACAGCUCUUAGAACGUACACCAGAGACCAUAAUCGUUUUAAAAGGCCCAAGGGGUGGGAAACGAAUCCGUCAUAUGCGUCGUGGCUGCCUUUUUUUUUUGCUCACUGGGGGGAGGGAGUUGUUAAUUUUCCAAUUCCGAUACACCAGCGGAGUGUAACUCCGGGCGGAAAAAUGACUUGCCAGCAGUAGUCCUGCAGCAGCAUCUCGACAAGCCACGCGAGCAGUUUAGUUCAGUUCGCAGCUCAGCUCUGUUUGAUUUGGGUUGAAUGAUCGUAUCGAAUUUCUGAGCAGCUUAAGCACGUGUGUGAAUGUUGUGCUAAGUUUCUAAACUCCAAAGUUCUCAAGUGUGCAUGUACGCGUGUGCCGAUAAGUGUGCGAAUGAGUGUGAAAACCAAUUGAAGAAGGUGCCGCGAUUGCAUUCGGAAAACUGUGUCAACGUAGAACUGGCUGACGAUGAUACCACACCACUGACCCAGAUGUGGCGCUGUAGUCGACACAGUGAGACGCACCGGAAAGUACACCAUUAAGCGGGUUUUCGUGGACUAUAACGAGCGCGGUUUGAGGUCACUCUGCUGACAUUCUAGGCAAAGAGUUCUACCGAGUGCGCGUGUGAAGAACAAGUGCAGUAGAAGGCACUGUUAAGCUAUUUUAAUUAGCAGCAGCAGCGAAGCAGCAGUAUUAUUAUCGCUCACAUCAUGGAUGUAAGGGACAACUUUACCGACUUUACGCUGGCGUCCAACUACAUCAUGCAGUUGGCGAUCGACGAAUAUCAGGCAGAUCGCAAUUGGACGCGAUUAAUCGACCGAUACUGGAAUCUGGUGGAGGAUCUCAUUGGAGAUCCACGCGCCAAGCAGCUUCCCUUCAUGGACAAUCCGCUGCCGACGGUCGGGAUGGUGCUGACCUACCUCGCCUGGGUGCUGAUCAUCGGACCGACGUACAUGCGCGACCGGAAACCGAUGCAGCUUACCAACACCCUCUUCUACUACAACCUCGGCCAGGUCCUGCUGAGCGCUUACAUGUUCUACGAGCACUUGAUGGCGGGUUGGGCACGCGGGUACAGCCUAACAUGCCAACCGGUCGACUACAGUGACGAUCAACUAUCGCGACGGAUGUUCAACCUCUGCUACAUCUACUACCUCUCGAAGCUGUCCGAGUUUGCGGACACGGUAUUCUUUGUGCUGCGCAAGAAAAAGUCACAAAUUUCCUAUCUCCAUCUGUACCACCACUCGCUCACCCCGAUCGAGGCUUGGAUACUGACCAAGUUCCUCGCAGGUGGCAAUGCAACACUGCCCAACAUUAUCAACAACUUUGUCCACACGCUGAUGUACCUCUACUACAUGCUGUCCGCGAUGGGACCCCGCUAUCAGAAGUAUCUUUUCUGGAAGCAGUUUUUAACCGAAUUACAGAUUGCCCAGUUUGUUAUCUGCAUCGGACACGCGAUCAACGCGCUGCUUACGGACUGUGCCUUCCCGAAGUUUAUCACCUUCCUGCUGCUGUGCAACGCCAGCAUAUUCUUCGUGCUGUUUAUGAAUUUCUAUCUGGAAAAUUACCGCAAACAGGCCACUGCGAAGGCGGCGCAGCAGGAAGCAACAGCUCUGGCAGCCUCCUGCCAGCAAGAACACCAGCAGCAGCAACAAGUGGUAUCAGUGGAGUCGCUGCCGCUCAAGAAGCAACAAUGACUUUCCUUAUUCUGAAAGACUGAAUAUGGAUAUCAUGUGAUUUUGUGUUGGUUUGUUUUGUAAAUACCAUUUUUGUGAUAAGAACUUCCUAGGGAUGGCUGAAAGAAAAUAUAAUAUCUAUUUUACUUUGUUUUUGCGUACUACUUGUAACACCCACGGCAUAACACUACAAUUUACGCUGUAGAUUAGUUGUAGCGUUUCCUUUACUACUAACAUUGAAUGAUUCGACCAAAAAUAUAUCAUGAACACUUUUCACAUUGCUUAAAGGCAAAAAGAAAGGUUCCAAUCGCUCAGUUGUAAAUAGAUUACAAAAGGAAAUAAACUAGAAGCCUCCACAGUGUUGACGCUGUAAUUCAUAUUAGCAGCAUCCAUUACGCUCAAAUCGACAUAGAAUUAGAAAGUAAAUUGGUUAAUAAAUAAAAGUACAAAAAAACCUAAACAAAAAUCAUUUUCAGGGACCACAUACCAACACAGAAGGCAUCUAAAUUCGUAAUGCCGUCAAAUUUGACAAUAAAACUUUUCGUUCGUCUUCGCUGCUCGCUCGGAUUCAAUGGA